UUUCAACAAGGCGGGUAUGAGAGCCAUCAGAUGUAAUCCAACUGAAGACCGAAGGCACAGCUCCCGUAGCUCCGGAUAAGCAUUCGUUCCUUGCAAUCAACUCCACCUUCGUCACGCUUCGACUUGAUGCUUGGCACAGCGGUGGAUGCCCGAUAUCCUAUUUCGAAGUGAAAUAUAAGUUACCGACGGAUAAUGAAUGGUUUUUGGUGUCGAAUAAUGUGCUCCCAGAAACUGGAAAGCUCUUACUGUCCGAACUAACGCCGGGAACUUGGUACAAUUUAAUGAUAUCCGCGCAGAAUGAUGCUGGUUCAACAGAUGCUGAAUACGUCUUCGCUACUUUGACACUUUUUGGAGGCACAGUUCCACCUCCGACCACUGUCAACUCUCCCGACAGAAGAUUCUUCAAGCACUUAAGCAUAAUCGUCCCAGUCGUGUGUGCAGUAGUCAUUGUUAUUGUUGUCACAAUCGUCAUAUGUGUUCUUCACACCAGAAGAAAUCCACCUAAUCGCGGAAGGGGGAAUUAUGAUCAAGGAGAUAGUCAAUCACGAGCCUCUCAUAAAGGUGACACCCUGAGCAUGAGCGUCUUGGGUAAGAAGGGACACGGAGAGACAGCGUACGAAGUACCCAAGGACUCCCUCUACUUCCCCUCACCCUAUGCAACUACCCGAGUACCCGGGUAUGUCGUGGAGGAAGGCAGCGAAUGUGACAGCCUCAGGUCGAGUACCAGAACUCCUAGCGAUCCUCAGGGAAGCCAUACUUACGAUGUACCUUUUCCAGUUAGACGGCCGGAAUACGAGGAACAGUAUUCGCAAAUCAAGCGACUACCCCUUUCCUCCUUGCCAACAACCAACCUCUAUCAAGCUCCUCAGUGUUGUGACAGCGAGAAACUCGUGUCUAGAUGGAUAGGUCGUCCAGCGUCGGAGCCCUGCACCUUCCAGAUGUCUCCAGAAUCUCAUCGAAGAGUGCAGGAGGAGGGACGCUGGUAUCCAACACGAUACAGGACGACUAACUCUUCCUACUCUCAGGAACAACGCAUUUUGGACUGUUCAGAAGAUGAAAAUGAAUUCGAUCCUCUGCGUGUGUUAACUCAAGAGGAAGACGAAGAAGGCCCAGAAGUAUCUGAAACGGAAUGCGACCGAGAAUUAAAAAUGCAUUCUAAGACGAAAGGAAAUAAUUCCCUUCGCGUGGCCAUGCCUCCUGAAUGUCAACAAGCAGCUCUGACAGCCCUAGCCGUCCAUUAAAUUGUUCAUUGUUAAAGACUCAGUGCACAAGACUUUUUACCUAUAAUACACGCGGAUCUCUCCUCCAUAUAUUGGUUAUACAGAUGAUUGUACUGCGUCACUGAAAAACUUGAGUGUUACACAGUAUUGAAUUUUUAAUGAAAAUAAUAUUUAAAAGUAUUAUGUGUAAAAAUGGACAUUUAUGAUGUACUAGGUUUAGUAAAGAUGAAUUGUUACCGUUUUAAA